AUGUCUCUGGACAGUGUGUGGGCUCCACAGACAGCAGACAUAGGGGAUGGGCCUGCCAAGAGAGCUGGAGACCAGGCCUCCAUGCAGACACAGGUCCUCCAGACUGCCUCCCUAAAGGAUGGCCCAGCAAGGAGGGCAGUAUGGGUCCGUCGGGACAGUCCUGAGACAGAAGACCCUGCUAAGUCAACUGUGUCCAAGGACAGGCCCAAGUUAGAAGUGACCAAAGCAGUGGUUGUGGACCUUGGCACUGGCUUCUGUAAAUGUGGCUUUGCUGGCCUGCCAAAGCCCACUCAUAAGAUCUCAACAACAGUGGGCAAGCCCUACAUGGAGACAGCCAAGACUGGGGAUAAUCGAAAAGAGACCUUUGUGGGGCAUGAGCUCCUUAACCCAGAAAUACAUCUUAAGCUGAUUAAUCCCCUGCGUCAUGGCAUCAUUGUGGACUGGGACACAGUACAGGACAUCUGGGAAUACCUCUUCCGACAAGAGAUGAAGAUCGCCCCAGAGGAGCAUGCAGUCUUGGUUUCGGACCCACCGCUGAGCCCCCACACCAACAGAGAGAAGUAUGCUGAGAUGCUGUUUGAGACCUUCAACACACCUGCAAUGCACAUUGCUUACCAGUCCCGCCUGUCCAUGUACUCCUAUGGACGCACCUCCGGCCUGGUGGUGGAGGUUGGCCAUGGCGUGUCCUAUGUAGUGCCCAUCUAUGAGGGUUAUCCUUUGCCCAGCAUCACAGGGAGGUUAGACUAUGCAGGAUCUGACCUGACGGCCUACCUGAUGAAUUUGAUGAACAACUCUGGAAAAUACUUCACUGAGGACCAGAUUGGUACUGUGGAGGACAUCAAGACAAAAUGCUGCUUCGUGGCCCUGGACCCCAUUGAAGAGAAAAAAAUUCCUCCCAGUGAACAUGAGAUCCAUUACACUCUGCCUGAUGGCAAAGAGAUCCGUCUGGGCCAGGAGAGGUUCCUCUGCUCAGAGAUGUUCUUCAAGCCGUCCCUGAUCAAGUCCAUGCAGCUGGGCCUCCAUACCCAGACAGUGUCCUGCCUUAACAAGUGUGACAUCGCACUCAAACGAGACCUCAUGGGGAACAUCCUGCUCUGUGGGGGCAGCACUAUGCUCAGGGGGUUCCCUAACCGUCUGCAGAAGGAACUGAGCAGCAUGUGUCCCAAUGACACCCCACAGGUAAAUGUUCUGCCUGAGAGAGACACUGCAGUAUGGACUGGUGGCUCUAUCCUGGCCUCACUUCACGGGUUCCAACCGCUGUGGGUUCACCGCUUUGAGUAUGAGGAACACGGGCCUUUCUUUCUCUACAGAAGGUGUUUCUGA